AUGACGGCGAGCGCUGCUAAGGUUAUUGUUUUGGCAGGAACUGCCGGCACUGGUAAAUCAUCCGUGGGAGAAUCACUAUUAAAGCAUCAUAUUCAGAAUUACCCCCAUAUGGAAUUUUUAGAGGGUGAUUUACUACAUUCACCCAGUAAUAUAGAAAAGAUGUCUCAUGGAACACCACUGAAUGAUGCCGAUAGAUGGGAUUGGUUAAAGAAAGUUUCGAAGGCAGCAAGCGAAUCAUCAAGCAAGAAUGGAGGUUUGAGUAUAGUGACUUGCUCCAGCUUAAAAAAAAAAUACAGAGAGUUGAUGAGAGAAACAUGUCCAAAUUCAGAGUUCUACUUUGUCUUCCUAUAUGGGAAAAAGGAAGAGAUCUUAAAUCGAUUAAAGAAGAGAGAAGGCCAUUUUAUGAAAGCCAAUAUGAUGGAAUCGCAAUUCGAUGAUCUUGAAUUACCUCAAGAUGACGAGAAAAACUGUUGUAUUGUAGCAAUUGAUAAUAAGAGCUACCAAGAGAUUGAUAACGAAGUCAAGGCAAAAAUUAGUGUUCUUCUGUCACGAGCAUAA